CGAGCUUUGUCAGCACAAGUCUCCUUGGUGCCGCUGAGAAACGGUUUGCUUCAGACUUUCUCCUCCAUCACUUCCUCCUGGGCAGCAAUGUGCUGCCGGGGGGCGAGCUGCGAGGAGCCGGCCGCUCAAGUGCGAUGCUGCAGCGGGCAGUGAGGAGCGCUUGGCCAGCUCAGACCAGGAGGGGACUCACGGUACCUGCAGCACGAGAGCAACAAUGGUCACGGCGUCUAAACUUUCCCACGCAUCACCAGCUGGAGUAACGGAUGGCUGAUCGAACUUCUCCCUGGCUGAUGGGAUCUUAGCAACGGACAGUUUGUUUCUUUUGUUUUCUUCCAACACCUUUGUCCCGGUAUAGAUAUCUGUCCCGGGCGGAAAUCUGGCGCACUGUCCCGCUGCGGCUCGUAGACUGCCUCUUUAAAUAUCACAGCCAAACAGCGGAGGUUAACAUGGGGGCGAAGCAGAGCAGCCCCUCGCCCAACUCUGCCGCUAACGGACGAACCAGAGCCUACUCCGGCUCGGACCUUCCGUCCUCUACUUCCAGCAGCGGCGGCAGGACCGCCGCAGCGGGGGCGGGGGGACGGUACCGCGCACACGGCGUGUCCAGAGCCAGUGGAGCCGCGUCCAACUCCGGUCACCCACACGGAGCCAGGCCCAGGUCCGCGGGGGUCGCCGGGGGUCCCGUCGCCAGAGCUCAGUCCGGCAUCAGCAUACCGAGCAGCGGCGGCGUCUACAGCUCACCGGAGUCCGGUGGCAGCAGCCCGGAGGAGGCGGCGGACAGGGACCGAAGAGGGAACGAUGGUCAUCGGCUGGUUAUAGGAUCAUUACCCGCUCACCUGUCGCCUCACCUGUUCGGAGGGUUCAAGUGUCCAGUGUGCUCCAAGUAUGUGUCCUCUGAUGAAAUGGAUCUUCACCUGGUUUUGUGUUUAACCAAACCACGCGUCACGUAUAACGAGGACGUCCUGUCUAAGGACGCAGGAGAAUGUGCAAUCUGCCUGGAGGAGCUGCAGCAGGGAAACACCAUCGCCCGCCUGCCCUGCCUCUGCAUCUAUCACAAAGGCUGUAUCGACGAGUGGUUUGAGGUGAACAGAUCGUGUCCGGAGCACCCGGCAGAUUAAAGCUUCCUUUGCACAGGUAACCCACUCUGACAGAAUGAAGCUCGGAUCCAGCCAGACUGUCGGACCCCGCCAACACUGUGAUUGGCUGACCCAUCCCACCCCCUCCCAAACAGCCAACCGCACGGUGUAGAACCGCAGUAUGCCAAAUCUCUUUGGAGGAAUCUUCAGGGAUAUAAACUUUGUGUGUGUUUUUGUGUGUGUGUGUUUUGUUUUUGUUUUUAUGUUUGAGUUGCACUUUCUUUUUUUUUCUCCAAGUGAAUGGACACAUCCGCUCAGUCAGGCCUGACAUUCCAUCAGGACAGGAGGAGAGUGCUGCUGCUGCUGCUGCUGCUGCUGCAGCUCAGCUCCGCUGCCCUCCUCCUCCGUCAACGUCGGAUUUUUUCUCCCAGUGCCUUGUUUGCAGCGAUGCUGAGCACCGAGCAGGGUGGGACAGGAGCUCUCUGCUGCAGGAUCAUCUCACCAUAACUGCCAUUAAAGCAGCCGGGAGCCGGGCGGCCCCCAUCUGCGCCGGCAGCUGUCGCCAAACGGUGCCAAUCAACUGUGAAAACCGUCCGUCACACGUCUCAUGAGUGCUUUUUAACCCCGAACCGUGCAGCAGGACUCUGCAGGCGCAACACCCACUGCAUCAGUUACCAGCCUCAGGCCUCUGCAGGCUGCCGGUGCCAGCAGGAGAAAAGCAAAAAGCUCAUUUUAUUCUUCCAUUUCAAGAUGUUUUACAACAGCACUUUCUCUACCUUGGCAAGAGGCUUCUCUUUAGCAUUAAUUUACAGAUACUUUAAUUUAUAGCUGAGUUAGGGAUUAUAGCAGAGUGUUUUAAAAGAGUGAGUAAAAUGAGAUAAAACAAAAACAACUUUGGGGAAGUGUGUCGCUCCAGAGCAAAACGGGGAAAAACAUGUAGCUGAAUUGUUCUCCCUAGACAGAAAUGGAUCAGCUUUUUUUUCCAACAUUUGCUGUAGAAACUGCAAAAUCAUUUCUCUCUGCUUUCACUACAAAAACACUAAAUCUUACAAAGUAUUAUUGUCUACUCCCUAGUUCUAAUGUUUUAAUGCACUUGAAGUGACAUAGCAGCUUGUUUUAGGUCAAUAACUCCUUAAAAAGAAAUUUUUCCAGGUUAUAAGUGAAAUAAUCUGCUAGCGGAACUAGCACAUCAUUUUUUUUUAGUAUUAUUUUAAGGAAUUAUUAACUGAAAACAAACUCUUUAUCUUGCUGAGAUCAUUUUCAGUUAGUUUUGCUAUAUUUCAGGUGGACUUAAACAUUUGCAGUAGAAGCAGGACCAAAAAUACUCUGUAAGGUUUAGUGUUUCUGCAGAGCUGAAUCACUGAACAAAUGUUUGAGAGAGCUGCUUCACAUCUGUGCUGCGUGGAGCGGACCUGCUGCUCACCUGGGAACCGGACCGCUGGUUCCCAAACAGAACCACUGACCAGAUCAGUCACUAUUUCGGCAGGAAUCCAGUUAACAGAAGCCACAGUUUGAUGCGUUCUUUUGGAUCAAGCAGUCCAUGGACGGCCACUCCGUCACUUCUGGGAUUGUCUUGUUCUGAACCAGUCCAUUUUAUUUAUAAAAAAAAAUGCUUGUUUACCUAAAGUGCUGUACAACAGGGAUAUAAAACAGAGACAAUAAUAGUAUAAGAAAAGAUUAAAAGCAGAAUAAGACAUACUUAAAAAUGUAACAGAAUUAAAUAGAAAUCAACAAACUCACAUUGGGUCAAAAUCCACUGAAAACAAGUUUUAUUUUUAACAGAGACUUAAACAACAUGGCCUCUAAUUAUUUUUAAACCGAUCCACCUGGCAGUAUGAGACACCUCCCCGCAGCAUGAUGCCAGCACCGCCGUGCUUCACUUUGUGUCAAACUCUCUGCGAGCUCAACAGGAACAAAUGAGCUUCUAAAUGCUGCUGCAUUUCUCUACAUGUUCUCUCCGUGUUCUUUCAUUCCCAGAAUGAUUCUGCAGCAUGCAUGUCAGAACUGCUGCUUCUGUUGGUUUUCUAUUUCUCUACUGCUGCUACCAUGUAGAAAUAUUUCUGCCUGAAACAGAGACGAUCUGGUUAGAGCUGCUGGACAUGAAAAGCUCCUUCGUUUCCUGAUCCGAGUUUCUGUCAUCACUCGCCUCCCAGCGCUCUAGAGGGAAUAAACACUUAGAGAACAAAUGAAUGAACUUUUAUUUAGACUUUUUUUUUUCAAAAAGUGAAACUGAUCACUAGGUAAAAUAUUGAGGCAUUCACAACGAGACGCUUGAAAAAGAAAAGUUCCAAAUUUACAACAUAAACUAACGUCAGUGGUCACCUUUUCUGUCACAUUAGAGAAUAAUGUGACGAAUGCUUUUAUUUUUAACUGAAAACAAAUGGAGUUCCUGUUGCCACGGCGAUGACGUGUCGCUCUGGUGCAUCAAGACAACACAACAGGAGCAGUUUCUAAAGGUUUUAGAGGACCACGUGUUUUUGUUUCUGUCUUUUAUACUUUGUUGUUUGUGGUCUACUUUUUAAAGAAACAGUGUGCAACAAUUACUGACAGCCGGUGUUGGCCGACCAGACGGGACGAGUGAAACUUUUCCCAAACAUGGGAGCCCUCCAUCAGAAGGCCUUCUGUGUUCCUGACUGAAGAACAUCUAAGCACUUUGACACAAGACUGUUCUGAAAUUGAUCAUAACUAAGGCUAAUCUUUGCAUUUAUUGCAUAUUUUGGUUUAAAACCGAUCGACCCCAUGCUCAGCUGAAACCACCAUGUCUGGUGGAAAAGAGUUGUGUUCCUUGGUUUUCCUCCGGUCCAGUGGAUCAGUACGGCCGGGUUUUGCUGUAGUUGGGGUUUCUCAGGUAGUUCAGUUUCACAGGUCGCUGGGUGUUUGGUUCCAACCAGAGGAAUCUUCUUAACCCGCUUUGACUACCAGAGAUCAAAAGUCAUUUUCCAUGUUCUGCUCAUAGUCUCUGUCAGAAGAUAUGAAUAGAUGAAUCCAAUAAAUAAUAUUUACCA